UUUGCCUCGGCUAAGAGGCUACUUUAGUCCCACAUAAACACAUUCACAGAUGUCUCUACACGCGAAGAGCCAUCUCCCCCGUUACGACAGCACAGCACAGUCUGCCUCUAAGACAACCGCCGAGUCGCGGCAACAGAGACAGAGAUAGACAGAGAGAGAGGAAAAAAGAGGGAGGGACAGAUAGAGAGGGGAGAAGGACGACCACGGAGCAAAACACAUCACCGUCUCUCUCUGACAUCCCCCCUUGCUUGCGUGUAUCUGUGUGUGAGCCUGAGCUGAGGAGAGGACAGAAAAUUAAGCCGGGGAAAUUCUCCCUCUCUCGUUUAUUUUCCCUCUUUUCUCCAUCCAUCAUCCAAGGAUUGAAUACCGGUGUCAUCUGCCACAGAGGGAUCAAAUAAAGGGAUGCUUUGAAUGCUGUCUCUGUAUAUGACAAGUCACACAGAGAAGCAGAAAGAGGCAAAACAAGCCGGGGCAAAACCAGGAUUUUGAUAAUGAACGGGAGUCCUUCCACAGCAUGUGUUAGGAAUAGCAGUCCAUCACUGAAGCCCACGGAGCCUACCCUCACGAUGUGACAGUCGCCCUGCUAUGCUCCACAGCCAAAGUUCCACUCCGAUUCGUCACCAGCCACAGCGCCCAUCACCACCGCUCUCCAAGUUUGUCCAAUUAAGGGAUGUGUGAGGACUAAGAGGCCAGGAUUUCAGACCACAUUAGAAAAAAACUGACGAGAUCCUUGCUGGUGCAGAUGGGCAGAACACUGUUGAUUGUCUCAGGGUGGUGUUUCCUGGCUGUAUGAGGAGGCAUGGCUGGCUGAGAUGUCGUGGAUGAUCACACCACUCUGCUCGACGUGCUGCUGCUGUGCGGGCCUGGCUCCUCCAGCUGCACCAUUGCAUCACUGAUGGUGCCAUGAUCCAGUUCUAACUGUGGGUAAUGACGAGACAUAAAACCAAUCCUGGAGAUGCCGAAGAGAAGAGACAUUCUUGCCAUCGUGUUGAUAGUGUUACCGUGGACUCUGCUCAUCACCGUUUGGCACCAAAGCGCAAUCGCUCCGCUGCUCGCCAUCCGCAAGGAUGACGGAGCCGACGGAGGGCGGAGGGAGGCGGGCCAGGCCAGCGACUCUAAGGAGUACUGCUCCUCUGAUAAGGACAUAGUGGAGGUGGUGAGGACGGAGUACGUGUACACACGGCCGCCACCAUGGUCCGACGUGCUGCCCACCAUCCACAUCAUCACCCCAACCUACAGCCGCCCGGUCCAGAAGGCAGAGCUGACGCGGCUGGCCAACACCUUCCUCCAUGUGGCCAACCUGCACUGGAUCCUGGUGGAGGACUCUCAGAGAAGGACCCCGCUGGUCACACGCAUGCUCAGGGAAACGGGCCUCAACUACACCCACCUGAACGUGGAGACUCCCAGGAACUAUAAGCUGCGUGGGGACACACGGGACCCCAGGAUACCCCGGGGCACCAUGCAGAGGAACCUGGCGUUGCGCUGGCUCAGAGAGACCUUCAACUCCAACAGCAGCCAGGCGGGCAUUGUCUACUUCGCUGAUGACGACAACACCUAUAGCCUGGAGCUGUUUGAGGAGAUGAGGUCAACAAGGAAGGUAUCUGUAUGGCCCGUGGCCUUCGUUGGUGGUCUGCGCUACGAGUCGCCCAAGGUCAACGCAGCAGGCAAGGUGUACGGCUGGAAGACUGUAUUCGACCCUCACCGGCCCUUUGCCAUCGACAUGGCAGGCUUCGCCAUCAACCUGCGGCUCAUCCUCUUCAAGCCCCAGGCCUACUUCAAGCUGCGGGGAGUGAAGGGAGGCUACCAGGAGAGCAGCCUGCUCCGAGAGCUGGUCACACUCAAUGACCUGGAGCCCAAAGCUGCUAAUUGCACUAAGAUUCUCGUUUGGCACACUAGGACGGAAAAACCUGUCCUUGUAAAUGAGGGGAAAAAAGGAUUUACAGACCCCAACGUGGAGAUUUGACGUUGUCUCCUCGGGCAAUGGUGGUUGUCUAAUAUGGACCCUGAGAAGAAAAAGAGGCCAUCGCCCAGUGCAAACAGUGUUCAUGUCUUAAUCAUCUCAGAAAAGACUGCCUCUGGGGCAAAAUCCUAAUCCCCUUGACUGAAACUAAACACUUUUAAUAUUGGGAUUAAAACAGUAUAAAUGUAUCAUAUUAAAGCACAGAUUAGUUCAAGAUGGCAAUAUUUAUCAGGUUAAAUGUUGCUAGCAGCACCAACAUCAAGCAGACGGUGAGAGCUGAGUCAUUAAGGAUCAACGGAAGAUCGAUGCUCUCGGAACCUGCAUGGUACCAUACUGCGUCUGUAGUGUCCUAACACGAGACAGCACAACACAAACAUUGCAGGGAGAGAGGGAGUUAGGCAGCCAAUGAGAUGGAACAUUACUGGCCUGAACAGGCUAAUGAGAUAUCCAUUGUCUUUCCUUCUAUAGACGUGGAUCUACAGGGCAGGGGAUGAGAUCCUGAGAUCUUAGUAGGGUCUGUAAGAGACUGGAGGAUCUGAUUGAACACUGAGCCCCUGGACACCUUUAAUAGACAUGUACUGAAAUGUCCUCCACGUCUUCAGACCGAACAAUACUGGAGAAUCCGAACAAGUAAUCUCUCAGAAGAGCAAUUCUACUUUCAGCAAACACUGAAAGUUCAAAUAGGGAAGGAAUGUCAUUUUUGUAUAACUAAAACUGUCUGCUUUUAUUUAAUUUGUUUGUUUUUGGUGUUUACAUACAUUUUCUUGCUAGUUCAAUACUAUUGACUUGACUCUUGCCUCCAUUUUGAAAGCUACAGAUGUGGCACCAUCCAUUUUCAGUGUCAUUCUCAGACAGGUCAUUCAGUGUGUACUGAAGCUAUUCACUUGAAAUAAGUGACAUCAAGAUGGGCUCCUAAUGCUUGGGAGGCACACAAUAUUACAAGUCAACGUCCCAAAACUUAAUUUAACACUUAAAAGCACCAGUGACUGUGUUCCUAAGUGGCAAAACGUGUACAUACUAAUUUAACACAGGAACAAUUAGAGGACUCAUAGUAAGGUCCUCUUAGAUAAAAUGUAACAACUGUAUUUAUAUAAAUGUAAAAAUCAAAACUAAGAAUUGACUUAGGCAUUGCCAAUAACACCUCACUGUAUGACCACUGGCAUAGCACAUGUUCUCUCCUGUUUUUCCAUCACAUGACAUGGACAGUAUAACGGCACAUCACCAAGUUGGGUUAAACCUAACGUUGUAACCAUGUUACAGUAUUCACAUUACCCAAUGAUGAGCACUUUGGCAGAUGGCCAUAUAGUAUGCUGGUUUAUAUAACCACAGUAGCUAACUAGUAGAGUAGGACAAAAUAAAGCAUUUGACAUUAUCCAAGCUAAAGGCACUGACAGUACAAGUCGAGAUAUACAGUAAAAUCUGCAUAAGUAUCCAGGUUCACAGUGCGUAUUGCCUACGUAAGUUAGAUAUUUGCGCUACAUCUAUAAGCCCAGUGCAGUGUAGAAAUGUUGCUGAAUACUUAACCACAGUUUCAUCAGAGGUAGACAGAAUCAUGCUAAAAUGUUUCCAAGAAACAUCUGUCAUUCAUUAAUGCGUCUAUGAACUGUAGGCAAGUAAGAAGGCAAAUCAAAUAUUAAAAAACAUGAAAACUAAACUGCUUUGGACAACUACUAGCAAGAUACCCCAUGCUAGAACCCCAGUCUGCAACACCAUUCCAGCCAUGAAUGCUCGAUCCUAGUUUUUUGCCCUUACAAAACUGUACCAUAUACGGGUUGAAGUUAGUUUUGUGACAAUUCUUGGCAAUAGCAGGCAAAACUUAAUGACAAGCACAAUUUAAUUGGUGUCAUGCUCAGCUACACCUUCAGCUACAGUAUUAAGGUUUCAUGUCUGUUUCAAUUUCUUCAUGGAUCCUUCAGUUAUACCUCAAAUGUAGCGGAAGACACUAAUGGCAAACUAUGAAAAAGGAAGAUCAAUGACCAGGAUAGUUAUGGCCUAUUAACUUAUCCAAAGUAGUAUGAGAUCAAAUACGCUUUUCCCAUCAGUUACUGUUCCCCCAUUCGAUAUGGCUCCCCACAAAAAUAUGCUCCCCCAUCAGGUCAAGUGGACAUACCAACAUGUAAUUUCUGAUCAUUUCUAUUCAAUAGUAUUGUUUCAUUAAAGAAGUCAAAGCGAAUGUUUUGAGAUCAAACAAUGUGUGUGGCUGUUAACGUUCAUGUUGACCUCAUCUUUAGGCUUUGGAUUGCACAGCAGUACCAUUAAGAUCAUUAGGAAAGAAUCAAUGUCUUCUGAUCUGUUUCCAUUCAAAAUGUCAAGUGAAGUCUGUCUAUUUAUGCGAAAAUCUAAAUGAAUAUAUUUAUUUAUGUAUUUAUUUGAAGUAUGAAUGUCCUCUUGUCAAAUUGAAUUAUAAUUGAACGUUUAUUUGUCCAUGUUUGCCCCCACCCCCUUUUUUCAUCGCUGCCUCUCAGCCACUGAGGUUCAGAAACCACACACAGACAAGCUCUGAGGUUACAUUUAAGUUCGUGGGCAACACCAAACAACUGAGACACAACAUUUCAUUAUUUACCAUUAAUUCUGUAUUGCUCUGACUUCAAUUGCCAUCAAUAGCCUUCAUUUUCAAUUACCUUUCUUAGAAUUGAUUGUGUUCAUUAAUGUGAUUUUAGGAAAAAUGUUUGGGCCUGUCUAGAGAGCCCUGCAGAGAUGAACCCAGAAAACACUAAGACAUGAGUUAUACAUAAUGAAAGUGCAAUUUCAACUCUUCGAUAUUUAAUGGAGCUUGCUCCUACACUGUUGUAAUCACAUAAAUAAUCAUAAGUUAGCUGUAGUACUCUGACGGUACAAAACUCAAACUUCUCCUUCCAUCUCUGGCUUUCUCACACUCUCACAGUUCGAUCAACGAGCGAUACUGUUCUGACCAUCAGACACGGCUUUAAUGUAAUGGAACAGCCUUAUCCAGUGUUUAGCUUCGUAGUGGUACAUACAUAAUGUAACAAAGGUGAUGGUUCAUACAAGGCCCUAAAUGCUUUCUUAGGGCAAAUCACUAUUUCCGCCCCUUCCUUUACCUACUUUG